AAGACCCAGCAGGCUGGAGCUGGGGAUCUCCUCCGCCCCCCCAAUCCACGCGCGCCCUCCCUCCGCCCGCGGGGCCUGCACCGGGCUGGGCUGGGCAGGGCAGAGCGCGCGGGCCGGGCACGAGUGCGGGCAUGGGGCGGGCGGCGUGGGCGCUGCUGCUGCUGUGGCUAUUGCUGCUGGGCCGUACCCGGGCGCAGUACGAGAAGUACAGCUUCCGUGGCUUCCCACCCGAGGACCUGAUGCCCCUGGCCGACGCCUACAGCCACGCGCUGGAGCAAUACGAGGGCGAAAGCUGGCACGAGAGCGCGCGCUACCUGGAGGCGGCGCUGCGGCUCCACCGGCUGCUGCGGGACAGCGAGGCCUUUUGCCACGCCAACUGCAGCGGCUCUGCACCCCCCGAACCCCUGCCCGAUGGCCCCCAAGCCGACCCCUGGGCCCACGAGCUGCAACUCUUUGGCCGCGUCCUGGAGCGCGCCGCCUGCCUGCGCCGCUGCCAACGCUCGCUGCCCGCUUUCCAGGUGCCCUACCCGCCCCGCCAGCUGCUGCGGGACUUCCAGAGCCGCCUGCCCUACCAGUACCUGCACUAUGCGCAUUUCAAGGCUAACAGGCUGGAAAAGGCGCUGGCCGCGGCCUACACCUUCCUGCAGCGGAACCCGAAGCACGAACUCACCGCCAAGUAUCUCAACUACUACCGUGGGCUGCUGGAUGCCGAGGACGAGCCGCUCACGGACUUGGAGGCGCAGCCCUACGAGGCCGUGUUUGUCCGGGCCGUGAAGCUCUACAACAGCGGGGAUUUCCGUGGGAGCACUGAGGACAUGGAACGAGCGCUAGCUGAGUACCUGACCGUCUUUGCACGGUGUCUGGCUGGCUGCGAGGGGGCCCAUGAGCAGGUGGAUUUUAAGGAUUUCUACCCGGCCAUAGCAGAUCUCUUUGCAGAAUCCCUUCAGUGCAAGGUGGACUGCGAGACCGACCUGACCCCCAACGUGGGUGGUUACUUCGUGGAGAAGUUUGUGGCCACCAUGUACCACUACCUACAGUUUGCCUACUACAAGUUGAAUGAUGUUCGCCAGGCGGCCCGCAGUGCAGCCAGUUUCAUGCUCUUCGACCCCCAUGACAGCAUCAUGCAACAAAACCUGGUAUAUUACCGCUUCCACCGAGCUCGCUGGGGCCUGGAGGAGGAGGAUUUCCAGCCCCGAGAGGAGGCUGUACUCUACCACAACCAGACCACUGAGCUGCGGGAGCUGUUGGAGUUUGCACACCUCUACCUGCAGUCAGAUGAUGAAAUGGAGCUGGAGGAGACAGAUCCCCCUGCAGAACUGGAGACCCCACCAUCGGAUGCUGAGUUUGAAGGGGAGGGCGACUACGAGGAGGGCAUUUAUGCCAACUGGUGGCAGGAGCCUGAUGCCAAGGGCGACGAGGCUGAAGCAGAUCUGGAACCUGAAUUAGCAUGAGAAGAGAUCCAUGCCUGGACCCCUCAAAAGCUGAGGAAGCCUGGGGCCAGUGACACCCCCUGUCAGCCUGGGCAGCAGCAAGAACUAUUUAUUAAAAGUAUGUGAUGGGGGGCCGGAAUGAUAGUACAGCAGGUAGGGUGCUUGCCUAGCACACGCCGAUCCCCAGCAUCCCAGAUGGUCCCUGAGCAUUGCCAGGAAUAAUUCCUGAGAGCAGAACUAGGCGUGACCUUUGAGCAUCACUGGAUGUUGCCCCAAAACAAAGCAAAACAAAAAUGUGCGAUGGACAGAGCUGGCCGGGCCCCUCCUGUCACCCCAGGAAUGUGCUGCAGGAGUGUGCAGACUCUCUGGGUCCCCAGCACAGGUUUGUGGGGUGCUGUUCCUGCCACAGCCCUACCCAAAGCCCCAGGCAUUUUGGACAGGCUCCUGGGAAAUCUCUGCUCCUC